GAAGCAAGGGCAGUAGACCGUAGUGCUAACAGAAGUUCGGGAAUAUUACGAGAGCGGUGAAGAGAGGAAUUUUCAUCAAAGUUUAAGAAAUGGAUUCCCGACGUGUUAGUUUUUAUUCUUUGUUUUUGUAUGUAUUUAUUAACCAUAUAUUUAUUACUCUCCAAACAAAAGAGCAGGUGCUGCUGGAUAUGAAAGCUUCUGGAGGAGAGUUAGGCUGGUUGACCUGGCCAUAUGAAGAAGGGUGGGAGAUUGUUCAGACGGUGGUGAACGGCUCCCUCCUCUACACCUACAGCGUGUGUAACAUCGAGUCAGGCGAGCAGGACAACUGGCUCCGCACUACCUUCAUCCAGCGGCGCCCGGAGGCCACCCGCGUCUCAGUGGAGCUGCGCUUCGUCGUCCGUGACUGCAACACCUUCGACGGCGCCUCCCUCGCCUGCAAAGAGACCUUCAACCUGCACAUGUACGAGUCCGACGCCGACGUGGGCACAGCCUUCCGCAAGGGCCAGUUCCGUAAAGUGGCCACCAUCGCCCCGGACGAAAUCAGCCGCGGCACGCUCAAGGUCAACGUCGAGACGCGGCUGGUGGGCCCGCUGUCCAGAAAGGGCUUCUACCUCGCCUUUCAGGACAUGGGGGCGUGCGUGGCGCUGCUGUCUGUGAGGGUGUACUACAAGACGUGCCCGGCCACCGUGAAGAGCCUGGCCGCCUUCCCGGAAACGGUGGCGGAUGGCCUGAGGGAGGUCGAGGGGGCGUGCGUGAAGAACGCCGUGAGCCUGACCACACCGCGCAUCUACUGCACCGCCGAGGGAGAAUGGAUGGUGCCCAUGGGACAAUGCCAAUGCCGUGCGGGCUACGAAGCCGUCCGAGACUCCUGCCAAGCGUGUGCGCCAGGCUCCUUUAAGGCUUCUGUCUCGUCCGAGGCCUGUGAAGUCUGUCCUGAGAACACGGAGCCGUCCGCAUCCGGCGCCACCCUGUGUCCCUGUAUGGAAGGGUUCUACCGCUCCCCUUCAGACCCUCUAACGUCCGCCUGCUCUGCUCCGCCCAGCGCCCCUCGUGACCUGGCUUCCACCACCCUAUCAGCGGAGGGUCGGCUGCAGCUGUCCUGGAGGCCCCCGCUGGAGACGGGAGGCCGUAGAGACAUCCGCUACAGCGUGGCAUGCGAGCGCUGCGCCGACUCCCUGUGCUCACCCUGCGGAGAGAAGAUCCGCUUCGAGCCCGGCCACUCGGACCUCCAGGGCACCGAGGUGACUGUUGGCGACCUGGAGCCCCACCUCAACUACACGUUCACCGUGGAGGCCCACAGCGGAGUGUCGCGCUACAGCAGCCUGAGACCCAGCAGCUCCAUCACCACUGCCCUGCAUUUCACCGACCCGCCCAAGGUGAUCGACAUCCACCUGGAUGAGCGGAGCCCCACCGGCCUGGCUCUGUCCUGGUCCCUGUCCCGCCGGGCCCCGUCCCACGUCAACUACCGCUACGAACUCAUGUACCGGAGAAAGGAUGAUGACAGUGAGCGAGAUGUCACUACUUACACGGUCCUGGUUCUGGAGAAGAGCUCGGUGCAGAUCAGUGACCUCUCGCCUGGAAAGGCGUACAUGUUCCGGGUUCAGGCUCUGAGCCCGGAGGGAACCCCGGGGAGUUACAGCCCGGAACACGAGUUCAGGACCUUGCCCAUGGCUGAGCCUCAGGUCCAGAACAACUCCACGGUGGUCAUGGGAGCUGUAGUUGGCGGAGGAGUCAUGCUGCUUGUCGUUGUAGCCAUUCUACUCCUACACAAACGGAGACAGAACGUCCGUCAGAGACAGCGAUCUGAAGACCCCUACUUCUCCAGCACUGAUCAACUGAAGCCUCUGAAGACAUAUGUUGACCCUCACAUGUACGAGGACCCCAACACCGCUAUCCUCAAGUUUGCCAGUGAGAUUAAUCCAAGUCUGGUCACCAAGCAAAAAGUGAUCGGAGCAGGGGAAUUUGGGGAGGUGUACCGCGGUGUCUUGAAAGUCCCGGGCAGAGGGGAGGUGGCCGUGGCCAUUAAGACGUUGAAGCCGGGUUACACGGAGAAGCAGAGGCAGGAUUUCCUGAGUGAAGCCAGCAUCAUGGGCCAGUUCUCCCACCAGAACAUCAUUCGCCUGGAGGGAGUCAUCACCAAGUCAGUCAAACAUGCCAUGAUUGUGACGGAAUACAUGGAGAACGGCGCCCUGGACAACUACCUGAAGGACCACGACGGGGAGUUGUCCUCGUACCAGCUGGUGGGCAUGCUGCGUGGCAUCGCGGCGGGCAUGAAGUACCUCUCCGACAUGAGCUACGUGCACCGGGAUCUGGCUGCCCGCAACGUCCUGGUCAACAGCAACUUGGAGUGCAAAGUGUCCGACUUCGGCCUGUCCCGCGUACUGGAGGACGACCCUGAGGGAACCUACACCACCAGCGGAGGGAAGAUCCCCAUUCGCUGGACAGCCCCUGAGGCCAUCGCCUACAGGAAGUUCACGUCGGCCAGUGAUGUGUGGAGCUUCGGCAUCGUCAUGUGGGAGGUCAUGGCCUUCGGGGAACGACCCUACUGGGACAUGAGCAACCAUGAGGUGAUGAAGGCAAUCAACGAGGCCUUCCGGCUGCCCGCGCCCAUGGACUGUCCAUCCGCUGUGUACCAGCUGAUGCUGCAAUGUUGGCUGCAAGACCGCUCCAAGCGACCCCGGUUCUCAGACAUCAUGAACAUUCUGGAAAAAUUGCUCCGAAGCCCGGAGUCUCUGAAAACCAUCGCCGACUUCGAUCCCCGGGUUUCCAUCCGCCUGCCGAGCACCAGCGGCUGCGACGGCUCCCCCUUCAGGUCGGUGCCGGAAUGGCUGGAGUCCAUCAAGAUGAGCCAGUACACCGAGAGCUUCGCCUGCGCUGGAAUCACAAACAUGGAGCAGGUGCUGGCCAUGAGGAAUGAGGACAUCAGGAACAUCGGCGUGCGGUUACCAGGUCACAUGAAGAGAAUCGCCUACAGCAUUGUCGGACUUAAAGACCAGACCAGCUCGCUCAGCGUUUGCAGCACAGCAUUUGCAGUGUGAGGGCCCCCGGGCUGAGGUCACCCACAACCGGACUGCACUGAGCACCUAAUUUCACUGUCUCAUACACACAAACACACUGAAUGGGGAAAUGGAUCAGGUUGGGUUGAACACGUUCGUACUAAUGGGUACACUGGCCUUGACUGCUCAGUGGCUGAAGAGGAGUCUGGCAGCCAUCCUACCAGAAUAAAACUGAACAGAGACAUCGAGAUGUGACAAUGGGGGGGAGGGAAAUGUAUAUAAAUGUAAAUCACUCUAUCAGCUAUGUAAAUAGAUUGGCAGAUGGGGAAACUACAGCUUUUGGGAGGAGCUGUGUGAGAUCUGAGGAGCGAAAAGGACCACUCCACUUUAUUUUUCUAUUAACUGCAAGUCUGAAAAAGAAAGAGACCUUUAAGCCAAGGCACUUGGAGACCGGGGCUACCUCAUCAAGCACUCACUUAUUCCACCAGUGACUUCUGGACUCUUACUAGUUAGGUUUAAAAUAACCAAUGAAUGAGAAUGCAUAUCUAAUGAAAUGAAAGAUGUGUUCGUCUUUGGAAAUUAUUCCUCUCAGGGCAGGAGAUUAGAUACUCUUUAGAAUUAUUUUAGAUUUUUGUACUGUAGGUUCCAUUCUGUUUGCAAUCCAUCUGCUAUACUUUUCUCAUAAAUUUUUUAUGUAUUUUUCUAUAGUUUACAGUUGGCUCCAACUAUUCUUAAAGCAAACUUUCCAUUAUUUAAUAUUUAUUUUGUACUUCAUAUUUAUUUUAUUUGUUUAAUGAAAAAGACUGAUCUGGCACAUGUUUGGAAAAGUGAAAAAAUGUAUUUCAGUCCAAUAAAAUCAGUGUUGCCUUGUAACUGAAUAACUGAAUUUAAUAAACUAGCAGAAAUGCAUGUUUGUCACAUAACA